AUGUUAAGACUUGGUUAUCCUUUAAGAUCUCCAGAUCUCGUUGUGUACAAAAACUAUGCUUUAUGCUACGAUCAGCAGAAAAAAAUCCCACAUUGGGUCCUUGAAUUGUUGGUCGAAAAUGAUUUGAAAGGAGAUGGUAAUAGGAAUAAAUCAAACUUUAAAUCUGACCCAAACUUUUCUGUAAUAUUUUCAUCGCAAAAUGAAGAUUAUUUGAAGAGCGGUUGGUCUCGAGGACACAUGGCUGCAGCUGGCAAUCACAAGUAUGAUCAGGAUGCCAUGAAUGACACAUUUUAUUUAACAAACGUUGUGCCCCAAGAUUUAAACAACAACGCUGAAUUCUGGAAUCGCAUUGAAAUACAUUGUAGAGGACUGUUGAAGAAUUUUAACAGAGUAUGGCUGGUGAGCGGACCUAUGUUCUUGUCAAGAUCGCAAGGAAAUAAAAAAUUUAUUGAAUACGAGGUGAUAGGAAAGUCCGAAGUUGCAGUUCCAACUCAUCUUUAUAAAGUUGUUUUGGCAGAGAAAAAUGAUAAAAUUGCUAUGGGAUGUUUUGUUGUGCCUAAUAAACCAAUUCCUAGAGAGCAGUCAUUGAAAGAACAUCAGGUUCCUCUAGAGUUUAUUGAGGCGAAAACAGGCUUCACAUUUUUUCCAAAGCUUGAACAAAGAGCUGUGGAGGAUCUUUGCAAAAUUGGAGGGUGUCAAAUGAAGACUGCACAGGAAUUUGAACUUUAUUACCUUACAAAACAAAUGGAUUCUGCAAGAAAUUUAAAUCAUUUGGAAAAAUUGUGGAAACAGAUCGGUGCAAAGAGUUUAAAACCUGAUGCUGAAGCCUCAAAUGUAUAUAACAGAAAAAAGAGUGAAUUUAAAAAAUUAGAUAAUUUUCAAAUUGUAAAAAGAUCGGAACAAACUAGAAAAGGAUAA